AUCGCACGUGGAGGGGGAAUGGAGGGCGGAUCGGGACGCAGCCCCGGGCCCGGCCCGGCGUUAGCGCUUCGCGGGACGCUGAUGGCCGUCGGCGGUGGGAGCCGGCUGCUGGCGGCGCGGAGAGGGGAGCGUAGGGAUGAUACUGUCUUCGUGUAUGACUGUGCCAGUGUGGAAAAGAAGGCCUUAGGAAAUAAAGGACAGGAUAAACAACCAGCAGACAAAGGAAGUGAUAACAUCCUAGCUUUUGCCUUCUCCCCAUCAGGAGAUUAUUUUGUCUUGACAGAUGACAACAAACACCUGAUUCUGUUUCGGACUAAGCCCUCUUGGGAAUGCAUUAGCAUCAGGCCUGUGAACAGGAGGUGCACUUCACUCAUUAUUACAGCUGCAGAGGAUAAGAUUCUGGUGGCAGACAAAUCUGGUGAUGUCUAUUCGUACUCAAUAACAGAACCACAAGCAGAAGGCAAAUUUGAACUGGGCCACUUGUCCAUGCUACUGGAUGCGGCGCUGAGUCCCGAUGACCGUUAUAUCCUAACUGCAGAUAGAGAUGAGAAGAUCAGAGUCAGUUUGACUAAGGCUCCUUACAACAUUGUGUCUUACUGCCUGGGGCAUGAAGAGUUUGUAAGCAGAAUAUUUGUAGUACCCAACUAUCCUGAUCUUCUCUUGUCAGCUUCUGGGGAUUGCACUCUAAGACUUUGGAAGUAUGAAACUGGGGAAGAGGUAUAUUGCUGUCAUCUAAGCAGUGUCUGUGAGCCUGAGACAACCAAAACGGACCAGAAAUAUAUUGUCUCAAGAAUAGCCUACUGCUGUCAAGGAAAUUAUGUUGCCAUACUGUGUGACUGUAUUCCCACAGUCUACAUCUUUCAGCUUGAUGCCGUUGCCCAGCAGCUAGUUUACAGAGAGCAAAUCCCCUUGAAGCAUAAAUGUUGGGACAUUGCAUUUGAGGAAACAGGAGAAAUCUGGACCCUACAGGAAAACAACGAAGCCCCUCUUCAGUUGUACAAACCAUGUGAUGGACAGUGGAAGUCUGUAACUGAUGAUGAAGGAUUGCAGAGGAUGUCUAAAUAUCUUCUUGACAACUGGACGGCAUUUGAAGGGUUUGUUGGUGCAGAGAGCCACUACAGCAGUCUCUACAAGGCUUCGUUUGAUAACAUGGCCGUCUACCUACAGAAGAAAGAGGAAAGGAUACAGAAGCAGAAAAAGAAAAGGCAGAAUCUGCAACAUGAUGCUAAUGGACAAACCAAAAAGACCAAAACAGAGGAAUCGUCACUAUGACGCUGUUGUUGGCUUGUAACUUUGGCCUUGCUAAAAGGACCUGAUUGGGCUGUAGACUGUUUUUUACAUUGAAAAGGAUUAAUGGAAGAAGAUUUGCUUAAACUCAGAUCCAGGUUUUCAGGCAGCCCGCUGUGGCAAUAUCCCACUUGCAGCAGAUAUUUUAUAUACUGUAUAUCUAAGCUUCUAAGAGCAUAAAAGUGUCAGCAGUUCAGUAGUAGGGAUCUCUGAUGCAUGACUUAUGGUUACUGGUUGUCUUCCUUGAAGCAGGAUUUUCCUUUUGCCUCCUGUGUUCAGGCUUGCAUCUUCAGGUGAAAGCACACUGAUUAAAAUUGACAUAUUUUUUUUCUUAAAUUAUAUUUGUUAAUGUAACCAGCACAGCGUAACUGGUGAUGGGAAAGGAACUAUUGCAAAAAUCUUGCUGUCUGUGAAGAGUUUCAGCUGUGGCUAAACCAUCUGUUUUUACCCUUUAUCUUCCUUUUAAUAUGGUAGGACUUCUGUCUGGCUUCAAUUCAGUGCUUCUCUUAGGAGGAAGGAGUACAGAAAUAGGUUUUAUACACUGAAAAAUAGAAGUGAAAAGUGUCAGUCAACUCUAUGCUAUUGGAAGAUCUUUCUACUGCAGUGUGAUCCCAGUCUGUCUGUGAAGAUGAUUUGAAAGGCCUGUGAGCAGUGCUUGGGAGUGUGUUCUGCUUCCUUCAGCAAGAACUCUUUCAUGUUGCAAUUAGCCAAGAGACAUCUUGAAAAGUUAUCAGUGAGAGCCUUCUGGGGUCAAUUGCUGCUUCAUCACAGGGCAGAAGAUGCAUGUUCAUCUACCAGAUGGCAUCCUGGCUGUAUGAAAUAUAAUAUACUUUAGCUGAGACUGUAAAAUCCAGGUGUUGAAAUCUGUACAGUUCAUUAAAGAUGCUCAGAAUUAGCCUUUGAGUCACAAUUUGUUCUCCUCAGGCUCUUUAUAUAUCUGUGAUCUCAUAAGUAUGUAGAUGCUAAUGAAUUUUGCACUCGAAGUUGAGUUAUGUUAACGUUGAAGGCAUUGCUGAGAUAUAGCUUGUUUUGAGAAUAACAGCCAUUCUGCUGUGAAGCUCAAAAUUGCACUGCUGUCCUUAUUCUGGAUCCCAGAAGCCACAAGUCUUUCUUAUGCUGCAAGACUUCAUGUGGAUUUUCAUAUUAGCUUCAUUUAAAAGCUCAUUUAUAAUGUGAACAGUGCCUCAUUCUUAGUGCAGAGCCAGGUGCCAGAGCAAGAGCAAACCCGUGGUCCUCACAUGGCUUUCCUGGAGCUCUCCAUGUCUCAGCCAGAUGCUGGCAUCUCUAGCAGCACUUUCCUUGGGCCUCCUGCAGCUCCUCUGUACAUCCCACUGACUGCAUUCCCCUUCCUCUUUCACCACUGCUCACCCAUCUGGUAACCACAUCCCACCCCAGCAGGAGGACAUCGUGGUAGGGACAUGACUCUUGGUCUGUGUUGUGUUUGUUUUGUUGGGUCCUCUUCUGCAGACUCCUCUGGUCUAUUGCUUGGUGUGCUUCAAGCCAUGCAUGUCUGUUCUUUUGCUGUUUCCUAGGGGCUGCUUUGCUAGAAAACUGAUGUUUUCUUUAUGAGAGAUGAAUGCAGUCAGAAGCUGUUGCACACUUAAAGACUCCUUGGCUUAUCAAAAUGCAGGUAAGGGGAAGGGUUGAUGAAGUAUUGAGUUGUAUUUCCUUAGCAUUUGAAACUGAAAUGUAUUUUCCUCCUUACUUUGAGAUUUCAUUGAAACCCUUUCCAGCAACAAAUCUUUGAAGAGUGACCUUUUAUUUCUCCUAGCACAAAAGGAUCCUAAUCAAGUGCACCCCAGCGGUAUGCUUUAGAGCAGGCCUUAUUUUUUUUAAACAAAGCUUGCUUUUUCUUGCAGAGUAAAUGUGCUAUCUGUAAGCAAACAGCGUUCCUUUCUUUAAUAAAAUGUUACAAAACCCCAGUUCCAUGCAGUUGCUUUACACUCAGGCUAUUAAAAAGUUUAUCAGUUUUGACAUA